AUGGAAAGUGAUGUGUCCGCAUCAUACCUCGCCGAAAGCAGGUCUUCGACAGUCCAGGGGGUGAUGUGGGUGAUGGCCAUUGUCCCUCUGGUUUUUGUUUGCAUGAGACUGUAUGUGAGAGUGUGUCUGAAACGGGUUUUCGGCUGGGAUGAUUUUAUCAUCAUCAUCGCUAUUUGCUGUUUAGUUGCUUACGCUGCUGUAUGCCAUGUUGCCUCUACCUUGGGCUUGGGGCGACACCUUGCCAUAGUUUCCGAAAAGCCCGAGCACCUCAUUGAUGUGGCUCUCUUGUGCGACAUUGGGGAGGCAUUGGCGAUUAUGGCUUGUACAUUAGGAAAGACAUCAUUCGCCGUGACACUGCUGCGAAUCGUGGUCCACAGGUGGAUGAUUAUUCUACUAUGGUUCGUGAUCGUGACAAUGAACUUGGUUAAUAUUCUCGCGGCAUUGUUCAUCUUCGUUCAAUGUAAAGACCCACGUCAUCUUUGGAAUCCAGCUAUUCCGUCAGAGUGCUGGCCAUCCAAUGUCUUCACAAACUUUUCUUUAUUUGUCGGCGCCUAUUCCGGCGCCCAAGACUUUGUAUUAGCUUUGCUUCCAUGGACUAUUGUUUGGAACCUCCAGAUGAAAAGAAAAGAAAAGUUGGGCGUGGCUUUUGCAAUGAGUCUCGGCAUAUUUGCCGGUGCUGCCUCGAUAGUGAAAACCACCUAUCUAGUGGCGCUGUCUGCUAAGUCUGAUUUUACAUGGGAGCUCGCUCCACUGUUGUGGUGGGCCGCUAUCGAAGAUGGAUUGGCGAUCACCGCCGCCUCGAUCCCUGCGCUUAAACCCAUAUUGAUUAGAGUCUUCCCUGGAUCCUCCGCAAGGCAAAAUUAUGAUAUGAUAUCCUACCCGCCGGAUUCAUCCCAGCAAAAAGUUUUCGAUAACGCUCAAGGAGAAACACAAACGGAUAUCGGACAUACAACCAUCCAUGACGGAGGAAGCCGAGCGGCGGUUCUGGAACCCCAAUCACCAGGCAAAGGAGAUGAGACCAUAAAUAUGACAACGGAAAUUUCAGUAACAUACAACAGAUCUUGA